UGACCCCGUGCGAGAUUUCCAUCUAAACAGAUGGCGUCUUCCUGAGCGCCCAUGUGACUUCACAGCCCUGAAAGCUCGUUUAUAGUUAAUUUAACUUAUUAAUUAUAAUCUGUUAAAACCAGCGCAGUGUGUCGGGAAGCUUUAAGAAGAAAUAAAAAAAUGCAGCACGACGACGUGAUCUGGGACAUUGUUGGAAACAAACAGUUCUGCUCCUUUAAAGUCAAGACCAAGAGUCAGAACUUUUGCCGGAACGAGUACAACGUCACGGGGUUGUGUAACCGGUCGGCGUGCCCUCUGGCCAACAGUCAGUACGCCACCAUCAGGGAGGAGAGAGGGCAGUGUUUCCUCUACAUGAAGGUGAUCGAGAGAGCAGCUUUUCCUGCCAAGAUGUGGGAGAAGUCCAGUGAGGAGGAGGAGGAGGUGCAGACAAAGGCCUCCAGGUCAAAGGGCAAAUCUCCGGCUAACGGUUCGGCGGUGAGGAAGAAGCGAGCAUACGUGGAGAUCGAGUACGAGCACGAGACAGAGUCCGCCUCCAAGAGCAGAGCCACGUAGAGCCACGCCCACAUGUCAAUCAAACCUGGACUGAUGACCCCGCCUCCUCACGUUGCCGUGACAACGGUCUGAUUGAAGCUGGUUCAGCUGCAGCGUCCAUCAGUUCAUCGUCUGGGUUUAUUCUUUAUUUAAACUGUCGUCAGACGUCACUUUCUACACGUUUAAAUAUUUUAAACGUUCAGACGCUCGUCUCGUGUCCGAGACUCGGAUCUUUAAAUCCAACGUUGAGGCGCAGCUUUUUGUUUUUUCAGCAGGAAACGCUGCGCAGAGGUCCAGACCUUUUUACCUGUUCAGACUUGAACUCUGUUAAAAACCGGACAAAAAUAAAACCCUGAAACAACCUC